AAAAAACAGAGAGGUAGAAAAGACAAUAUUCCGCCGUGAACCACCACCGCCAACUCCGCGUUGUCCACCGUGAACUCCUACUUAUCCGAUCUGAAGUAGUUUCCAAGUAGUUCAUUGAUCAGUACGGUGGUCUCCCUUCUGUGAUUCGCUAUCUCUAGGUUCCUGGGCGAUCCAAUAGUGGUUUCAAUGGGCACGAAACCGUUUGUACAUCCAGCUCCUCAGUACAAAACCAUAGAAACCUUUUGGGACGAGGAAGAAGACGCUCCUGGUCCUAGAUGCGCUCAUACACUUACAGCCGUUGCAGCUACCAAGACUCACGGCCCUCGUCUCAUACUCUUCGGCGGCGCCACCGCUAUUGAGGGCGGGAAUUCUUCCUCCGUACCUGGGAUCAGGUUAGCUGGUGUCACCAACUCGGUUCAUUCUUAUGAUGUUCUCACUAGGAAGUGGACAAGGCUUAAACCGGCUGGUGAGCCUCCUUCCCCUAGGGCUGCUCACGCCGCAGCUGCUGUUGGCACCAUGGUCGUUUUUCAGGGUGGCAUUGGCCCAGCCGGGCAUUCUACGGAUGAUCUUUACGUUCUUGACAUGACUAAUGAUAAGUACAAGUGGCAUAGGGUGGUAGUUCAAGGGGAGGGUCCAGGCCCUCGCUAUGGUCAUGUUAUGGAUUUAGUUUCUCAGAGGUAUCUUGUCACCGUCACCGGAAAUGAUGGGAAACGAGCUCUCUCUGACGCUUGGGCAUUGGAUACAGCUCAGAAACCAUAUGCAUGGCAGAGAUUGAACCCUGAUGGUGACCGACCAAGUGCUAGGAUGUAUGCUUCUGGCAGUGCUCGUUCUGAUGGCAUGUUUUUACUCUGCGGGGGAAGAGACACCUUGGGGGUGCCACAGGGAGAUGCUUACGGUUUACUCAUGCAUAGAAAUGGUCAGUGGGAAUGGACUCUGGCUCCAGGUGUGGCCCCUUCUCCAAGAUACCAGCAUGCAGCGGUAUUUGUAGGUGCAAGAUUGCAUGUCAGCGGUGGCGUUCUGAGAGGAGGCCGCGUGAUAGAUGCUGAAGCAUGUGUUGCAGUGCUUGAUACUGCUGCCGGUGUAUGGUUGGACAAAAAUGGGCAAGUGACCUCUGCGCGUGGCAGUAAAGUACAAAUGGAUCAAGACCCGUCUUUUGAACUUAUGAGACGCUGUCGCCAUGGUGCUGCAUCAGUUGGUAUCCGGAUCUAUGUACAUGGUGGUCUUAGAGGAGAUGUGUUGCUUGACGAUUUUCUAGUCGCUGAAAAUUCAACAUUCCAGUCAGACAUCAGUUCUCCUCUGUCAGCAUCAUCAGAUAGAACCCAACAAAGCUCUACUCCCAGGUUUUCUUAUGCCGCACGACCUCCUUCAGGCUCUGAACCAGCACCCUCACUAUCCGAAGGAAUGAGCUUGGAUGAAAAUUCCUUGGAGAAAUUGACGGAGGCUUCUGCGGCCGAAGCCGAAGUAGCUAGUUCUGUUUGGCGAGCUGCACAAUUAAAUUCUGCUUCUCUAGAUGAAGAACCCUCUGCAUCUGAUGGCAGCUCUCCAACAGUAGAAACCAUUACUGAUUAUCCUGAAACUGAAGGAGAUGUCCGGCUUCAUCCAAGAGCUGUUGUGGUAGCAAAGGAGACGGUAGGCAGUCUAGGCGGCAUGGUGAGACAGCUAAGCUUGGAUCAGUUUCAGAACGAGAGCCGGCGGAUGGUUCCCAUGAAUAAUAGCGAUGUGCCACAACCCACCAAGAAGUUCACGCGACAGAGGUCUCCUCAAGGCCUGCAUAAAAAGGUCAUUUCUGCUUUGUUGAGACCACGAAACUGGAAACCUCCUGGAAAUAGGAAGUUUUUCUUGGAUUCUUACGAAGUUGGGGAACUCUGUUACGCUGCUGAACAAAUAUUUAUGCAUGAGCAAACGGUUCUUCAGCUAAAAGCUCCUAUUAAAGUCUUUGGUGAUCUCCAUGGGCAAUUCGGCGAUUUGAUGCGGUUGUUUGAUGAGUAUGGAUUCCCUUCAACAGCUGGAGAUGUCACGUAUAUUGAUUAUUUAUUUUUGGGAGAUUAUGUCGACCGGGGGCAACACAGCCUGGAGACUAUAACUUUGCUGCUUGCAUUGAAGAUUGAAUAUCCGGAGAAUGUUCACUUGAUUCGUGGAAAUCACGAGGCUGCUGAUAUCAAUGCCCUAUUUGGUUUCCGUCUUGAGUGCAUAGAAAGAAUGGUAUAUUGUCAUUUCUCUCUAGAUUUUCUGCUUGGGUGGACUAAGCCUGCUUUUUACAUUUUUUUUUAUCAGGGAGAGAAUGAUGGGAUCUGGGCGUGGACAAGAUUCAAUCAACUUUUCAAUUAUCUUCCCCUGGCUGCUCUCAUCGAGAACAAAAUUAUAUGUAUGCAUGGUGGGAUUGGGAGGUCAAUCAGUUCAGUGGAGCAGAUCGAAAAAAUCGAAAGGCCAAUAACAAUGGAUGCUGGAUCCCUUAUUCUUAUGGAUUUAUUAUGGUCUGAUCCUACAGAGAAUGAUAGUAUAGAGGGUUUGAGACCAAACGCCAGAGGACCCGGACUUGUCACGUUUGGGCCUGAUCGAGUUACAGAGUUCUGUAAGAAGAAUAAACUACAGCUAAUUAUCAGAGCCCAUGAAUGUGUAAUGGAUGGAUUCGAAAGAUUUGCACAGGGGCAGUUGAUUACGCUUUUCUCGGCCACAAAUUACUGCGGAACCGCGAACAAUGCGGGAGCUAUAUUGGUGGUUGGCAGAGGACUGGUGAUUGUUCCCAAGCUGAUUCAUCCUCUUCCACCUCCCAUCCUAUCUCCAGAGAAUUCUCCUGAACAUUCUGGAGACGACGCUUGGAUGCAGGAGCUAAAUAUCCAGAGACCGCCUACUCCAACACGAGGGAGGCCACAACCGGACUUUGACAGAAGCUCGCUUGCAUACAUCUAAAACUAAAUUGCAUUCGCGUUUUUUUUUUUCACAAUUCACUGGAAGUCAUCAAGGUAGAAGCAAUUGAGAAUUUGGUACAACUCUAUACAAGUAUAGUAAAAGAUGUUAAUGGUUCAACAUUUGCAGUGUUCACAAUAACCUACUUACUGUACCAGAGAAUGAGAAUGGUAUGGUACUUCUUUGUUUCUUCCCUCUUUCUAC